AUGGAUGCCGUUCGGUUUCUUUCCCGUAGUACGAAGUCUCUCGCUUGCAUCUACUCGCACAAUUUCCAUGCGAAGCUUUCUAGACGAGUAUCGAAACUGUCCCCCUUGCGCGUCCAAGUGAGAUGCUCAGCAGCGGGAUCGUCGCAUGGCCAAGACAGGGCGAGCAGGGAGGCGCAGGCAGCCAAGGAGGCCAUGGAGAUGCUGUGGCGCUCGCACAGCGAAGACAGUGCUGCUGACGGGCUGGAUCGGAACGGUGUGAACCACAGUGGGAUGCAGCAGCAGGCUCAAGCGCAGCUGCUAUCCGUGCCUGGCGGGGGGUUUGAGUUUGGCGAAGAGGGGGAGGGGGAGGGGGAGGGGGAGGGGGAGGGUGGGGAGGGUGCGGGCGCGGGCGGGUUCACUCCGGAGAGCGUGCGAUCGCUGCUGGAGGCGCUUGAACUGGAGGCGGCAGAGGAGUCAAAACACGCGCUCAGCAUUGUGGACCGGGUGCUGUGGGUGGACAAGCGAGUGCGCGACUACAUGACGCCCAACCCCAUCUGCCUGCACCGCGACAUGUCCCUCCGUGAUGCCGCUCAGAUCUUCCUGCGCCAUCGCAUCAGCGGGGCGCCAGUGGUGGAGGUGGACGAGGAGGACGACGGGGUGGGGCUGGGCAAGGUGGUGGGCGUGCUGUCGCAGCGCGACAUCAUGUGGAAGGAGCUGCGCACGCACGGCAUGGCGGAGGAGGAGUUUCUGCAGCGCCUGGCCAACUACCAGGACCACCUUAACCAGGGCCCACGGGUGGACAAGCUUCGGCAGCACCUGAGAAAGGCCGCUUCACUGCGGGUAGACGAGUCGAUGACAGACACGGUGCUGCAGGUGGAGGAGGACUCGUUCAUGGUGGACGCCACCGAGAUCAUGCUCAACUGCAAUAUCAUGCUCAACUGCAAUGUGAGAUCGUGCUCAACUGCAAUGUGUGCAUUCUACCUGUGUGCAUUCUACCUGUGUGCAUUCUACCUGUGUGCAUUCUACCUGUGUGCAUUCUACCUGUGUGCAUUCUACCUGUGUGCAUUCUACCUGUGUGCAUUCUACCUGUGUGCAUUCUACCUGUGUGCAUUCUACCUGUGUGCAUUCUACCUGUGUGCAUUCUACCUGUGUGCAUUCUACCUGUGUGCAUUCUACCUGUGUGCAUUCUACCUGUGUGCAUUCUACCUGUGUGCAUUCUACCUGUGUGCAUUCUACCUGUGUGCAUUCUACCUGUGUGCAUUCUACCUGUGUGCAUUCUACCUGUGUGCAUUCUACCUGUGUGCAUUCUACCUGUGUGCAUUCUACCUGUGUGCAUUCUACCUGUGUGCAUUCUACCUGUGUGCAUUCUACCUGUGUGCAUUCUACCUGUGUGCAUUCUACCUGUGUGCAUUCUACCUGUGUGCAUUCUACCUGUGUGCAUUCUACCUGUGUGCAUUCUACCUGUGUGCAUUCUACCUGUGUGCAUUCUACCUGUGUGCAUUCUACCUGUGUGCAUUCUACCUGCCUGCAUUCUACCUGCCUGCAUUCUACCUGCCUGCAUUCUACCUGCCUGCAUUCUACCUGCCUGCAUUCUACCUGCCUGCAUUCUACCUGCCUGCAUUCUACCUGCCUGCAUUCUACCUGCCUGCAUUCUACCUGCCUGCAUUCUACCUGCCUGCAUUCUACCUGCGUGCAUUCUACCUGCGUGCAUUCUACCUGCGUGCAUUCUACCUGCGUGCAUUCUACCUGCGUGCAUUCUACCUGCGUGCAUUCUACCUGCGUGCAUUCUACCUGCGUGCAUUCUACCUGCGUGCAUUCUACCUGCGUGCAUUCUACCUGCGUGCAUUCUACCUGCGUGCAUUCUACCUGCGUGCAUUCUACCUGCGUGCAUUCUACCUGCGUGCAUUCUACCUGCGUGCAUUCUACCUGCGUGCAUUCUACCUGCGUGCAUUCUACCUGCGUGCAUUCUACCUGCGUGCAUUCUACCUGCGUGCAUUCUACCUGCGUGCAUUCUACCUGCGUGCAUUCUACCUGCGUGCAUUCUACCUGCGUGCAUUCUACCUGCGUGCAUUCUACCUGCGUGCAUUCUACCUGCGUGCAUUCUACCUGCGUGCAUUCUACCUGCGUGCAUUCUACCUGCGUGCAUUCUACCUGCGUGCAUUCUACCUGCGUGCAUUCUACCUGCGUGCAUUCUACCUGCGUGCAUUCUACCUGCGUGCAUUCUACCUGCGUGCAUUCUACCUGCGUGCAUUCUACCUGCCUGCAUUCUACCUGCCUGCAUUCUACCUGCGUGCAUUCUACCUGCGUGCAUUCUACCUGCGUGCAUUCUACCUGCGUGCAUUCUACCUGCGUGCAUUCCACCUGCGUGCAUUCCACCUGCGUGCAUUCUACCUGCGUGCAUUCUACCUGCGUGCAUUCUACCUGCGUGCAUUCUACCUGCGUGCAUUCUACCUGUGUGCAUUCUACCUGUGUGCAUUCUACCUGUGUGCAUUCUACCUGUGUGCAUUCUACCUGUGUGCAUUCUACCUGUGUGCAUUCUACCUGUGUGCAUUCUACCUGUGUGCAUUCUACCUGUGUGCAUUCUACCUGUGUGCAUUCUACCUGUGUGCAUUCUACCUGUGUGCAUUCUACCUGUGUGCAUUCUACCUGUGUGCAUUCUACCUGUGUGCAUUCUACCUGUGUGCAUUCUACCUGUGUGCAUUCUACCUGUGUGCAUUCUACCUGUGUGCAUUCUACCUGUGUGCAUUCUACCUGUGUGCAUUCUACCUGUGUGCAUUCUACCUGUGUGCAUUCUACCUGUGUGCAUUCUACCUGUGUGCAUUCUACCUGUGUGCAUUCUACCUGUGUGCAUUCUACCUGUGUGCAUUCUACCUGUGUGCAUUCUACCUGUGUGCAUUCUACCUGUGUGCAUUCUACCUGUGUGCAUUCUACCUGUGUGCAUUCUACCUGUGUGCAUUCUACCUGUGUGCAUUCUACCUGUGUGCAUUCUACCUGUGUGCAUUCUACCUGUGUGCAUUCUACCUGUGUGCAUUCUACCUGUGUGCAUUCUACCUGUGUGCAUUCUACCUGUGUGCAUGCGACGCUCACAGGCAUCAUCACAUGCAGCGACAUUCUAAGGCACACGCUGCUGCUGCUCUAGAGCAACGACGUACAAAGACACACGCUGCUGCUGCGCUAGAGGCAUGUGGUGCCAUGCAACAUCCGCCUCCCCCUUUUGCCACCACACUCUCAUCCGCAUCAUUUGCUCCAACGACAUUCUCAGCCACCCAUUACUGCUGGCAUUCCGAACCAUUCGCACAGUCGCACAGCACAAGUAGCUCCUUCGCCAUGAUCCAGCCUGCUGCAGCUGCAGCCGCUUCCGCCAUCUCUUCCGCUUCCGCCACUUCCGCGCGCCCUUCCGCCCUCAGCGCCUACCGCACGUUGCUCCGCGCCAUCCGCAAAUCCUUUCCGGGGGACCAGCACGCGCAGACCGCGGGGCGCGCGGAGGUGCGCGGGCACUUCGAGGGGAACCGCGCGGAGGCGGACGAGCGGCGGCUGGCGGAGCUGGAGAAGGACGCGCGGGACGCGGCGGAGAUGCUCCGCACGAUGGUGGUGCAGGCGCGCCUCAACGAACGGGGCAACUUCGUCCGUGCCCUCUCAUCUGCCCUCUCAUCUGCCCUCUCAUCUGCCCUCUCGUCUGCCCUCUCAUCUGCCCUCUCAUCUGCCCUCUCAUCUGCCCUCUCGUCUGCCCUCUCGUCUGCCCUCUCAUCUGCCCUCUCAUCUGCCCUCUCAUCUGCCCUCUCAUCUUCCCUCUCGUCUGCCCUCUCAUCUGCCCUCUCGUCUGCCCUCUUAUCUGCCCUCUCAUCUGCCCUCUCAUCUGCCCUCUCAUCUGCCCUCUCAUCUGCCCUCUCAUCUGCCCUCUCAUCUGCCCUCUCAUCUGCCCUCUCAUCUGCCCUCUCGUCUGCCCUCUCGUCUGCCCUCUCGUCUGCCCUCUCAUCUUCCCUCUCGUCUGCCCUCUCGUCUGCCCUCUCAUCUGCCCUCUCAUCUGCCCUCUCAUCUGCCCUCUCGUCUGCCCUCUCGUCUGCCCUCUCGUCUGCCCUCUCGUCUUCCCUCUCGUCUUCCCUCUCAUCUUCCCUCUCGUCUUCCCUCUCGUCUGCCCUCUCGUCUGCCCUCUCAUCUGCCCUCUCAUCUUCCCUCUCAUCUUCCCUCUCAUCUGCCCUCUCAUCUGCCCUCUCAUCUGCCCUCUCAUCUGCCCUCUCAUCUGCCCUCUCAUCUGCCCUCUCAUCUGCCCUCUCAUCUGCCCUCUCAUCUGCCCUCUCAUCUGCCCUCUCAUCUGCCCUCUCAUCUGCCCUCUCAUCUGCCCUCUCGUCUGCCCUCUCAUCUUCCCUCUCCUCUUCCCUCUCGUCUGCCCUCUCAUCUGCCCUCUCAUCUGCCCUCUCGUCUGCCCUCUCAUCUGCCCUCUCAUCUGCCCUCUCAUCUGCCCUCUCAUCUGCCCUCUCAUCUGCCCUCUCAUCUGCCCUCUCAUCUGCCCUCUCAUCUGCCCUCUCAUCUGCCCUCUCAUCUGCCUUCUCAUCUGCCCUCUCAUCUGCCCUCUCAUCUGCCCUCUCAUCUGCCCUCUCAUCUGCCCUCUCAUCUUCCCUCUCGUCUGCCCUCUCAUCUGCCCUCUCGUCUGCCCUCUCGUCUGCCCUCUCGUCUGCCCUCUCGUCUUCCCUCUCAUCUUCCCUCUCCUCUUCCCUCUCGUCUGCCCUCUCGUCUGCCCUCUCAUCUGCCCUCUCAUCUGCCCUCUCAUCUUCCCUCUCAUCUGCCCUCUCAUCUGCCCUCUCAUCUGCCCUCUCAUCUGCCCUCUCAUCUGCCCUCUCAUCUGCCCUCUCAUCUGCCCUCUCAUCUGCCCUCUCAUCUGCCCUCUCAUCUGCCCUCUCAUCUGCCCUCUCAUCUGCCCUCUCAUCUGCCCUCUCAUCUGCCCUCUCGUCUGCCCUCUCAUCUUCCCUCUCAUCUUCCCUCUCGUCUGCCCUCUCAUCUGCCCUCUCUUCUGCCCUCUCCUCUGCCCUCUCAUCUGCCCUCUCAUCUGCCCUCUCUGCCCUCUCAUCUGCCCUCUCAUCUGCCCUCUCAUCUGCCCUCUCAUCUGCCCUCUCAUCUGCCCUCUCAUCUGCCCUCUCAUCUGCCUUCUCAUCUGCCCUCUCAUCUGCCCUCUCAUCUGCCCUCUCAUCUGCCCUCUCAUCUGCCCUCUCAUCUUCCCUCUCAUCUUCCCUCUCAUUUGCCUAA